AUGCCUACUGAUGAAUCAGUACCUCCAGUUCAGAAUGAUGUUGUGGAUGACAAUGAAGGUGAGGAUAGCUCCAGAACUGAAGUUGAGCGCGGGAAAGUGGAUGACGUAGAGAAAUGCAAGGAGAAGGUUACUAAUUCUCGUACUCCACCACUACCUUUCCCCCAUAGGAUGCAAAAAUCAAAGGUCGAUCAACAACUUGGUAAAUUUAUGUCUAUGGUCAAAAAUCUUGAGGUAACAGUUCCUUUCACUGAUUUAAUUUCUCAAGUACCUGUGUAUGCCAAGUUUCUGAAAGAUAUGAUCACUAAAAAGAGAGAUUUUGGUGGGAUAGAUAGGGUUUCUUUAACUGAAGAAUGCAGUGCUGUUCUGCAAAAUAAAAUCCCACCAAAACUAAAAGAUCCUGGUAGUUUUUCCAUCCCUUGUCAUGUGGGUUCUUUGUUUAUAGAUAAGGCUUGGUGUGAUCUAGGUUCUAGUGUAUCUGUUAUGCCUUUAUCUAUCUGUAAUAAACUGAACUUGGGUGCUUUAAAGUGCAUACAGAUUACUUUGCAGAUGGUUGAUCGAUCUGUGAAGUAUCCUUUGGGUAUUUUAGAGGAUGUCCCUGUUAGAGUUGGAAAAUUCUAUAUUCCUUUGGAUUUUAUAGUACUUGAUAUGGAAGAAGAUAGUCAAAUUUCCAUUAUUUUGGGUAGACCUUUUCUAUGUACUGCUGGUGCUGUUAUUGAUGUAAAAUCUGGCUCUCUGACUUUAAGUGUUGGUGAUGAUACUAUUACUUUUAAGAUUGACAUACUUGAUGAGAUCUCUGGAGUUAGUUUUUCACAAUUUCUAUCAGAUGAAUUAUUGGAAACAAAUCUUGAUCUGCAUGAUGACCUUGACAUUGAUACGGUAGUAGAUUGUAAGGUGAUGGAGACUAUUUGCUCUACUUCCGAUCCACGGGUAAAGAAGUUAGAACUUAAACCUUUACCUUCUCACCUCAAAUAUGCAUUUCUUGAUGAUGCUGAGGAAUGUCAUGUGAUUGUCAGUACUAAACUCACAGACAACCAGCUUUCACAACUUCUUACAGUGCUUCGCAUGCACAAGAAGGCUAUUGGGUAUAGUAUUGAUGAUCUAAAGGGCAUUAGUCCUGAUUUUUGCAUGCAUAGAAUUAACUUGGAGGAAAAUCAUCGCCCUUGCAUACAACCCCAAAGACGUUUGAAUCCUAAUAUGCAAGAGGUGGUGAAAAAGGAAAUUAUGAAACUACUUGACGCGGGCAUCAUCUACCCCAUCUCAGAUUCUAACUGGGUUUCUUUCAGAUUCCCAUUCACCCAGCGAUCAGGAGAAGACGACGUUCACUUGCCCUAUGACACUUUUGCAUAUCGCAGAAUUCCAUUUGGUAUGUGCAAGCCCCUGCCACAUUUCAGAGAUGUGGACAAAGCAAAAAUUGAGGUGAUUGAGAAACUCCCUCCUCCUGUGAAUGUCAAGGGAGUGAGGAGUUUUCUGGGUCAUGCGGGUUUCUAUCGCAGAUUUAUAAAAGACUUUUCAAAAAUUGCGAAACCCCUUACUCAAUUGUUGCUCAAGGAUGCCACUUUUGAUUUUACUGAUGCGUGUGUGGAGUCUUUUGACAGGAUUAAGGAAGCAUUGAUCACUGCCCCUAUCAUACAACCUCCAGACUGGAGUCUCCUUUCGAGAUCAUGUGUGAUGCUAGGAUUAUGCGUUGGUCUGUGCUUGGUCAAGGAAAAACAAAGUCCUCCAUGCCAUCUACUAUGCCAGCAAGACCUUAGAUGA